CUUCUUCACUCUUAUAUGGGAGUUAAAUCUCAGUUUAAUUUAUUCGAAUGUAUUGUGAUGGCAAACCUAAAAGAGCGUUUGCUUCCACCGAGACCUCAAUCAACUGUAAACAUUAGAGAUGCUUCUUAUCGGCCAUCUGCCUCUGGACGCCAACCUUUCCAAGACAUGGAUUUAUCAGGGUUAAAGAAGCGUGGCCAAGGACUUCGAUCUUGGAUCCGUGUUGAUACAUCUGGGAAUUCACAGAUAAUUGAGGUUGACAAGUUCACUAUUAUGCGUCGAUGUGAUCUACCGGCACGGGACCUACAUCUUCUUGAUCCUCUUUUUGUUUACCCCUCGACAAUCCUUGGUAGAGAAAAGGCAAUUGUUGUAAAUUUGGAACAGAUAAGGUGUACAAUCACUGCCGAUGAGGUUCUACUCUUGAAUUCCCUUGAUAGCUAUGUUUUGCAGUAUGUUGUGGAGCUACAAAGGCGAUUAACAAGUGGAGUAGGUGAGGUUUGGCAGUCGGAGGGUCCUGAGUUGAGCAGAAGGAGCAGUAGGGGUUUUGACAAUGUAUAUGUGAACACAUCCCCUGAUUAUUUUCCCUUUGAGUUCAGAGCUCUUGAAGUCGCUUUGGAAGCUGCUUGUACGUUCCUUGAUUCACAGGCAGCAGAAUUGGAAAUUGAAGCAUAUCCCCUACUGGAUGAGCUUACAUCAAAGAUCAGUACGUUAAACUUGGAGCGUGUCCGCAGAUUGAAGAGCAGACUUGUUGCAUUGACUCGUAGAGUUCAGAAGGUUAGAGAUGAGAUAGAGCAGCUAAUGGAUGAUGAUGGAGAUAUUGCAAGGAGCCGCCAUGGGAGCAUGAGGAGUUCAGACAGCACUACAGAGAAUAUUGAAGAGCUUGAGAUGUUACUGGAAGCAUACUUUGUUCUCAUUGACAGCACCCUAAAUAAGUUGACUUCGUUGAAAGAAUACAUUGAUGACACAGAGGAUUUCAUCAACAUUCAGCUGGAUAAUGUUCGAAACCAGCUGAUACAGUUUGAACUGCUGCUGACAACUGCGACCUUUGUUGUUGCUAUAUUUGGGGUUGUAGCAGGAAUAUUUGGUAUGAACUUCGUCAUACCAAUGUUUGAUGAGCCUGGUGCAUUUAAGGGGGUCCUCAUAAUUACUGGGGUUUCUGGGAUCAUCAUAUUUUGUGCAUUUAUAUGGUUCUUCAAGUACAGAAGACUGAUGCCCCUAUGAAAAAAGAAAACUAGAAAGCUGUUUGUACAACCCUGAAG